AUGCUUCAUGCUCUCAUGGAACAUCGACUGAAUGGACAUGGCGUGGCUGUAGCAUGGAGGAGAAAACUGAAGGAGGGAAGUGAACGGCUUUUGAUCACCUCAUGUGAAACCAGGCAUUUCGAUAAGCUCUUUACAAAUGUGCUUAAUCAUCACAACAUCCCCACGAGAAGGUGCGUUGCAGUGCCAUCUCUGCAUCCCAGCCGGCAGGUAUUCCCCAAACACGUACUGACGCCAGGUUUCAACCCGGAGGGGACCACGUGGACCUCGAGUGCGGCCAGUAGCUGGACCCGCCCUCGUUCACCCUACCCUGCGAGGCUGGGGCUGGAGGGGUCGCUCUCCAAAGCUGGGCCGGGGGAGCGUUCCCCAUCACACAGAGGACGCAGGCCGACUCGGAGCCCCGCCGCCUUCUCGCGCCGGCGGCUGCCGAGGGGCGGGGGCGGGGGCCGGGGCAGCGGGAGCGCGCGCCCCAUUCGGUCCCUCUACCGCAGCGCCGCGGGCUUCCCCACGGGGCUGCGCGGAGGCUCCAAGAGUGGCUAUGCGUCUGCAUCCGAGGACUUUGUCCCUGAUGACUUGGAGGUCCAAGUUCCUGGAAGAGUCAUCGGAGGGAACAGUGGCUUUGGAAAAGCAACUACCACUAAAAUAGCCAAGUGGGGUGGCACAGUUCACCUGGUUUGUCGAGAUCAAGACCGAGCAGAAGGUGCCAAAGGUGAGAUCAUCAGGGACAGCAGUGACUAGAACAUCUUUCUGCACAUUGUGGACUUGUCUGAUCCCAAGAACUGGAAAUUUGUGGAAAAUUUCAAUCAGGAACAUAAACUCAAUGUUCUGGUAAGCUUUAUAAAUCAAUAAUGCAUAGUCAAUAAAAGAGAGCUCACAGAAGAUGGACUUGAAAAAAACUUGGCUCCCAAGACUGUGGGUGGGCACAUUCUCACGACUGCCCUGAGCCCUGCGUUGGAGAAAGGACACGACCCCAAAGUGGAACAGUCUCCUCAGGAGGAAUUGAGCACCAACGAUCCACAGUGAGAAGGGACAGCAUUUAAUGGAACUAUGGUCUCUGCACAAAACCAAGUAAGUAAGGAGUGGAGGAGGGCUCUGCUCAGACCACAGUGGGCCUUCAGCGUGCUCCUCCGAGAAGCCACAGAAGUGGCCACCUUUCUUUUUGGUGUUUCUCAGGCCCACCAAGAAAAUGCCUUCACCCCUGUCCAGAGGGAGUGGGGACCUGAGCGUGCUGGGCCACAGGGCACCGGCCGUCCACUCCUCACGAAUGCAGCCCGGCUGCGUGGACACCCCAGAGAACUGGAAUUAUCCGUGUGUUGGAGCAGCAGGGAAGGAGGGCAGAGCUGUCUUCCAGAUUGCCCAUCCCAACUCCAUGACCUCGGGCAGGUCACCUGGGUUCCCUAUGGCUUCCUCCUCCCCAAAGGAGGGAACUAAAAACAGCAGCAGCCAUGGAAGACACCCCACAGUACACCCC